AUGGCUUCCAUGCGCGAGGCUUUUGGCGGCUACAUGCCAGCCGUCAGCGACGAUGGGGCGCUGAGUGCGCAAAAGGAUCAUGCCUCCAAUGUGCAGCAUCAUCACCAUCAGCAAAAGCAAAAGCUGCAGAGGCUGCAGAAGCUCACAACUGCCGAAUUCGACAAGCUGCAUUGCUAUGGAACAACGGAGCCGGCUGCCGGCUCGCGGGAUUACCAUGCAGAUGCUGCAGCGGGUCGGGACAGCAGCUCGCAGAGUGGCGACGAGACCAGCUACGUACGGCACCCGACGCUUGUGUUUGAUGGCUCGCCGAUUCUGCGCGCCAGCGUCCUGGUGGACAGUGCCCGUGGCAUCUAUGAGGAGGAUGAGGACCGCGAGGUGCAUGGGUUUACGAUCAUCCCGAGGCUUCGCCAUGACGGUACCAGCGAGACGUUUGUGGAGAGCGACACGGAUGAUGUGGACGACCACAUGCCUCUGGUCCAGCACCAUAGUCAUCGCCCUUCGAUGCGGCCUCGCUCGUACACGGACAUCCCGGCACAUCGCCCUGCACACGACAAUCCCAGCAACAAUGACAGGAGCAACCACAACAAAAACAACAGCGGUAAGUAUCGCUUCUUUUCUCCUUCACGGUUUCUGGCUACUCUCCUGGCGCAGACACAUGCAGUUUGUUCCCUUGCGCCGGCCCAGCGUGUCCUGCCCUUUGAAGUGGGUUCCUUUGCUCUCAGAUAGGCAGUCUCGCUGCUUUUUCUUGCGGAAUCCAGCACCGCACUCAUGGGCAGCGUUUCUGCGCGAUUAUCCUGAGCAUCGGUUGUGCAGUGAAACCGGCGGCAUCUUGGAGCCUUCAGUCUACUCUGUUUCCACUAUGAGCGCAGGCAACUUGUGUUCCUGUUUCCCGCUUCGCCUCUUGGAGGGGA